GGCAUAUUCCGGCAUCAUCACUUCUACAUAAUGUGCUACAAUUUCACAACGUCAAUGCUUGAAAUCAUUGACAACAGGCCCCUUCCAAAAGGAAUGAGAAUUCAACAAAAGUAUGCUGACAGUCCAAAAGUACUGAGCACUGCAUUUUCGGAGUAUUUGAUGAAAAGAGGACAUACCAGUCUAGCUGAGAGGAUAACAAAACUGCCCGUGGAGCUGGUAAAAAUGAAUUGGAGAACAGCUGAUAACAGGACUGAUUGUGGAUUGUAUUGCAUGCGCCACAUGGAGACCUACAUGGGCAAUCCACAAUGGAAAUGUGGUUUUACUCUGAAAAACCCAAAUGUAAGUUUACAUCAAACUUUAAUCAUUUAUACUGCUCAUUCAAUUAUAAAAAUUUAAAUAACAAACAAUUAACACUAAUGCAGGACCCAUAUUUGGCAUCACUACGAGCAUUGUACACAUCAAGGAUCAUCAUGAUGCCCGUGAAUGUUCACAAAGCAAAUGUCAUA